AUGUACCCCAAAGAGAAGAAUACAAACACGUCGUUUCUGCAUUUUGAUGCAAUCUUCACAAUGGCCGCUGGCGUCGUAAUUCUUAUUGCCAUAAGUGUCAAAGCUAUGAAUGAAAGGACGUUGCUUCUUGAGUAUUUUGAGAGUAACACUAGAAAGUUUGUUUUCGAUGUUAACAGGGCAAGCUGGAUUCGUAUUUGGCGUUGGCUUCUCUCACGAGAGGCGGUUUGCUUCGACCAAAUUGUUCCAGGGGUCUUCGGCAUAGCCUUCGAUUUCGUAUCUCCCCUGAUAGGCUUCUUGGAUGCUGGUCUUGGCCAGAUCGAUGCUCCUAUUGAAUCCUAUGUUGUCGCGAACCAUGAAGGCGUUCCCUGUGGAAACGGACAGAUGAGGAGUGGGGGAAAACUUGCACCGAAGGACUAA